UGUAUGAAAUAUAUGUACAGGAAAAACAUUUUUAUACAGGGGUUUGUGUACAACGGUUAGGCUGACCCAUUGGCAUGCCACGUUAUUUAUGAUCGACAUUUAGCUGGAGGAUAGCGACGUUAUUAUUGCUCGUGUUUUCAACAACUUUGCGAAGACGGGAGCCUCGAGACUCACUUUUAAAUUUGCCGCUCCGCUGUACGGAGCGAAAGCGCCAGAAGAAAAAUGUAAAAAAUCGAUGUUUUUGUUGUGGCCUGACGGCUCCGGUCCUGGAAACGGAAACGAUAAUCAUCGCCAUCAAGUAACUUUUUAUGUUACGUUUUGGACUGAGCACGCCUUCUUUACCGGUGACAUUUGUACGCUUUUUCUUGUGUGUGUCUAUGUUUUUGCUCAAACUUCCCUAAGAUAAUUUAAACACUGUCCUGAGUUGGUUCAGAACUUCGGAACGAUGCUGUCGGAGAGAGAGGCAGUCACUGCAAGCAAGCAAUUUCUGGAGCUCUCAGGGAGAAUUCUGCACCUGUCAACAGGUCAUUUGGCCCACUCUUCCUGUCUUGGGCAACUUGGUCCAACUGUGUCAGGUCUGAAGGGAGCCUUCUCCAGACUGCUUGUUUCAGUUCUUUCUGUAGAUGUUUGGAUUGCUUUCCCGGAACUGAGAAUGCAGUCUAUUGAGAUCAGUGGAAAAUAUUUAUUUUCAGGAUACUUCUCUGGAGUCCUGCCUCAUGGUUAUAAAGACAUCAGUGAGGUCCGAGAUAUACCUGACAACCAAGAGGUGUUUGUUCACCCUCACACAGAUCAGAGUAUCAUAAUUGAACUUUUGGAGUACCAAGAGCAUGUCGGAGAUGCAGUUGCAGCUAAAUACCAUUUUGAGGAUCUCGCUAGUAGUAAUGAAGCUUCCUCUUCUGGGAACUCUGAGGUAAUCAGUGUGGAGCCCAUUUUGAAGGAGGAGAUUUCUCUGCAGGAAUGUUCAUCUGCUUGGUUUCUGACAGGGCGCCAGCUUGUGGCCAAGUUCAAUGAAGAGGUGAAGAACACCGUUAACAUCUAUCUUGGACUUUUCCGACUCCCACAAUAUACAACGGAUAUAGUGAUCUCUUUCAAUGACCCAGUUGUUAUCCAUCCUCUAAGCAGCAGUGCCACCAGUGAAACGGCAUUAGACAUCAGCACACCCUCAUGGACUGUGGAGCAAUUCAGACUGCUUCUGCAGACAUUCAGACUGCUGAACUCCUCUGUGUUUGGAUAACCUGUUGAAACACACUUCUCAUCCCAAACCAGACUAAUAUGUGUUCUACACUUGUUCAUGAAAGAUUUUGCCUGGAAAGAUGAAUAUUAUCUAUGUGGAAUUGUUUUCGACAGAAAAGGUAAAAAAAAAAAAAAAACAUCUAAACACCUGACUGUGCAAUAUUUGUUUUUUAUUUUGUUCAACUGACAGAAAGAUUCCCCUUUUAAUAUGUAAUAAAUAUCUAAUUAAAUGUGAGUGUACACCUUUCAUUUUGAAGUGUCUUUUCAAUUAAAUGUGCCCAUCAUA